GUAUUACUACAUAUAAUGGAUGAUCGAUAAAGGAGGAAACUCACUAAGGAGAGAGGCCCAAACUCGAAGCUGUUUGGUCGGCCGUGGCAUUUCGUCUCGGUCCCACACUACUAGACUCGUCAGUAAGGCGAUGUAGUGAGGAUCUGCCUUAGACGUCCUGGAAUCAGUUUAGGUUAGGAAUCAGUUAGACAAUUCUGUUAUUUCGAAUAACGCUCCUCACGCGAACAUUCGAAUAAAGAUAGAACCUGGCACGUCAGAAUCAGACAACAUGUCGGAACCCAGCACGUCGACAUCGCUUUCAAAGGUGAAAAGCAUUAAAGUGGAACCAGGUUUUUCACCUACCACCACCACGCAGAGGUUGAUAUCUUAUCGGCUACCACGAGACCUGACACUAGGUGGAAAUAUUAAGAUUGAAAAACCAAAGAAAGUGUAUACGCCAAAUCUCAAUGUACAAAGGAAUAAAAAGAAAGACGGUCCAGCGAUUUCAGUUAAAACUGAUCUGGUAAAACCGAAAAACAGUAAUCGUGGAAGGGAACGAGGAAGAGGAGACAGAGGACGUGGAAGAGGAGAUAAAGGAAAUGUAAUACAGUCUGUUGGCAUUUGGUCAGAGGGAAUCUAUGUAACACCUACCGCUAGAAAGAGUGACGAUUUCAGAGCUUUUAGUAGCACAGCGAGUGCUGUAAAAUAUCUGGAGAAACCAAAAAUAAGUACAAAUAAGAUUAAAGCAGAAGAAGAUAGAAAAUUAAAAAAUCUGUUAAGAGAUGAUUUUAUUGAUGAUGUUCCGGACAUUGAUGAAAAAAUGUGUCCUCUUACGCUACCAAGAAUUAAAAAAGAUAUACAUGAUACGAUCGAUAAUGAUAAGAUCGAUAAGAAACCGGUCAUUUCAGAAAAUGGUGAAAUUAUAAGUGAAGAAAAAAGACAAAACAGAAAGGAAGAACUUACCAUUUCUCAAAUAACCGAAAACAAAACUAAUUCUUAUACAUUAAUUCAAUUUCCAGAAUCUUUGCCAGGUUUGGAAUCCAGUAGAGAGGAAGCAAAAUCGAAACAAUCAAAUAAUUCAAAUACUCAUAGUGAGAAAGCAAAAACUGAGCUUUGUAUUUUAAAUAAUUUAAGAAAUGGUCUCUUAGGAAAACUCGAAAUUUUGAAGUCUGGUAAAGCUAGAUUACGUCUCGAUGAAAUGAGUUUUUUCGUUGAUGUUGGAGUACAGCAACGUUUCCAACAAGACCUUUUAGCUGUAAAAAUAGAUGAAUCACAAACCGGCGAUCUUGUCAAUCUUGGUUCAGUGGACAAUAAAUUAAUUUGUUCUCCAGAUUUUGGAUCUGUAUUAGAAAAUUCAUAAGAAAUUUUAUAAACAUGUAUCAUCUUUAAUAAAAAAUGUUUGUGUAUAAAAGGAUGUUGCAGGAGAUUCGUGAACAAUA